UAAACAAUGAAAUCGAGCACAAAAAAUCCUUAAAAAUCGUCAAGUAAGAGCUGUGAAACCCUUCUUAGAUGUUGUAUUGCUGUUUAAACGUAGUGCUCGUGAAAGUCAUCAAGAUACUGCGAAAACUAAAAUUCCUCCACAAAAAACCCAAAAAGGCCGCUAACCGUAUGGAAGCCAACACGAACUUGAGCAAAGUGCUCAAUCCGAGGCCGGUGCUGUCGGGCAUGCUGCUGAAAUAUACAAAUUAUGUCAAAGGAUACCAAAUGCGUUAUUUCACGGUCGACGCAACACAAGGCGUGUUAAGUUACUAUUUGUGCGAGGGACCUGACGAGAAUCCGCAACCUGUGAUAUCGAAUCCGCCGCGUGGACAAAUUUUCCUCGAAUCCGCGAUAAUUUGUCCGAGCGAGGAUUCCCGCACAUUCCUCAUCAACUGCGCCAACGGUGAGAUAAUCAAGUUACGGGCGCCCGAUUCGCGGAUGCGACAAGAAUGGGUCGACGGUUUGCGAUCAAUUGUGCAAAGUCAUUCGCAGGCAUUGAGCUUGGCGACGUCCCAAAGCCCAAUUUCCGUGCGAGAUUCACUUGCGGCCUUCGAUGCCUUGGAUGCGUGUCGCCAACAACUGCAACAAACGGAGACGUGCAACGCAAAUCUCAUCAAAGCAAUUGAAAAUUUGGGCAUGGAACCGAGUGUGACGACAACUAGUUCAACGACGACGACACCGACGGCAGCGGAAGCAAUUACAACGACAGCCACGAGCACGACAACGGCCGUUGCAGGGGCAGAAGGGAUGCCGCAAGGUGACGCAGCACCACAAAUUUCCGCUACAGACCCGGAUUUACUGAUGCUCAAGGCGCUAUCGGCAACAACGACGACCGUUUUGUUCCAGGCACUCGGUUUGCUGCAGAAAUUCAACGAAUUCACGGACAUGGAGGCCAUUUGAUACGAGCGGAAGAAACGAGAGUAACGGGCGUACCUCACACAAGUACUUGAACUUUAACGGUUUUCUCACAAUUGAAGCCAAAUUUUAAAAAAUACAAAGCCAUAUCUAAAGAAUAUGAACAAAAAUAGCUUAAACCGUCAAAAUUCGCUAAAAACAACAAAAAAUGGAACAAUUUCUUAAAAUUUUGAUCUACUUAUAAAGGCAUUUAUAGCUAAUAGCAACAGAAAAGGACAGCGCUUAUAAAAUUUUUAAAAAUAUUUCACACUAAAAAACAGUUUUAUAUCAAAAGUCACUUCAGAAAAACUUCAAUUUAAAGAAAACUCAAAAUCAUCGAAGCAUUUUGAGCUUUUUUGAUAUUGAAAUUUUACUCAAGUGACCUCACACUUACACACAUUCACACAAAAAGUCGAAUUUUCAGGAUAAAAAAAAUAAGAAACGUUCAGUAUUUCAGCUUUUCAUAAACAAAAUUAAAGAAAAAUUUAAAUUUGAACAGAGAACCUACGAGUUCAAAGAAUUUUUUUGACAGUAAAAAAUGAGAAAUUAUUGAUUUUUAACCAUUUUUAGUCAAAUUAUCGAAUUUAAAUGUUAAAUUCUUACGAGAAAUUAACUAAAAAUUGAUUAAAAA